UCCGCUGACGGGCCGCCGUCGUGCGCAGCUUCACCAUCCCUCCACAACAACACUCCGGCGGAGCAGGAGAAACGCACACAAUGGGGCUGCAAUGUCAGCGACGCCUGGGAUAGGAGCAUCUCCCCGCCGCCGCCGAGACAGUGUAUGGAUGUGAUGAUGAUGAAGAAGAAGAAAUUCAAGUUCCGGGUGGAUUUCGAGCUGGACGAGCUGUCGUCGGUGCCCAUCGUCAACGGCGUCCUCUUCUGUAAAGUCAGGCUGCUGGACGGCGGCUUCUCCGAGGAGUCUUCAAGGGAGCCGGUGCAGGCCAACUGCGUUCGAUGGCGGAAGCGGUUCUCUUUCCCGUGCAAGAUGAGCGCCAGCGCAGGAACGGGCGUGCUGGACCCCUGCAUAUGCCGCGUGUCUGUGAGAAAGGAGCUCAAGGGUGGAAAGGCGUAUGCAAAGCUCGGUUUUGCAGAUCUGAAUUUAGCAGAGUUCGCCGGCUCAGGAAAUACAACUCGGAGGUGUCUCCUGGAAGGCUACGAUACCAAAAAUACUCGGCAGGAUAACUCCAUUCUCAAGGUUGUCAUCGGUACGCAGCUCAUGUCGGGGGAUCCCUGUUUCAAAACGCCUCCGUCCACAGCCACGGUGAUCGGGAUCCAGAGCGACGGAGAGAGCCUGCUGGAGGAGAGGAGGGGAGGAGACUCACAGAAAGGCUUCUCUGCUGAAAGCCGAGACGGGAAGUGUCCCGUCAUGUCAGACGAUCUGGGGGGCUGUGGCCACUCGCGAACAUCCAGCUACGCCAGCCAGCAGUCCAAACUCUCAGGCUACAGCACGGGUCACUCCCGCUCGUCCAGCAUGUCCGAGUUCAGCCACCGGAGGAACCACUCUGUGGGCAGCGCCUCGACGGGCAUCGGAAGCAUCCCGGAACCCAGCGAGGAGCGCGAGUCCAAGCCCUGCCCGGCUCUGCCUGAGCACCCGGCGCCCGCGGCCGCCGCGAGCAACGCGCCGGGCACGCCGGUGCGCAGCGCCUCGUCCUGCGAGCGGCUCAACAGACAUCCCAUAAAACAGGACUCCAUCGAGUCUCAGCUGAAGAGGAUGGACGACACGAGGGUGGACGCCGACGACGUCGUGGAAAAGAUUUUACAGAGUCAGGAUUUUACGCCGAGCUUGCUGGACUCCAGCGCUGAAGAGGAAGGCCUGCGUCUGUUCGUGGGGCCAGGAGGAAGCACGGCCCUCGGAGGCCAUCAUCUGCCCACCAGGGUCGGUGCCGGAGCGUACGAGCAGGUGGUGAUAAAGCGUUAGCGCUGCGGCGAAGCCGAUCACGCCAUGAGAAUCGGUUUCCAGUCGUCUCUUAAUUCCCACCGCACACACCCCGUCCCUGAUCAGCGUCCCUGAUCAGCACUGUGCGCAGCCUGAUCACCCAUUCCCGUCUAUAUAACUAUAGCGCCCCCCUGUGUUUAUUUGUGCCACGUUACAUACAGUAAUCCCUCGGAUAUAUUCAGGAGCACGUAGUGGCGAGACGUCGCCUCGGGUGUGAACACGCACAGCUGUAGAUUAAGAAAUUAAAAUCAUUGUUUACCGAGUGACUCCAAAAGAUUGGGGUGUAAAAAAAAAAAAUAAUAAUAAUGAUGCAUUUACUGUUAGAUUUGAUUUGUUCCCUGAAUCCUUUCACUCCAGGUGCAGGUAGACGUGUAAAUGCAUUUUAAAGCCGAACUCAAAUGUGGUUUUUAUUCUGGUAACGACCGGAGUCUGAGAUCUGUGUGCGCACCUUUUAAAGCGAACUAAAAACGAAGUGUUUUCGAUACAUUCCUUUAGUCUUUGCUCGCUUUGGACGUCCUUCCAAAAAACAGGAGGUUCUCUUGAGACUUUGCCUAGAAGCGGCCAAGCAGCUGAUAACCGCGCUUUCCGGGUGAGAAUAUUUUACUACAGAAACAAAGGAUGUAAGCUAUUUUCUGUGUGAAUGCAGACUGAGUGGGUGAUUGUGUGCGAGGCCACUUUUAUUGGUAGUAGCUGUACUCCUCCAAUGUUGAAUGAAGGGACUGCAAGUAGCGCUAUGUUGAAACUGGCAAUCCAAAACAAGAGCUUAACUUGAUUUAUUUUAUUAAACUGUAUUCUUUUUAAGAAAAAAAAAAAAUAUAUAUAUAUAUAUAUAUGCGCGUCUACUUGAUAUUUAGCCAACUUUUAUAGGCAUAAAACCCCCGGUCAGAAGUUGAAGAGCCUAAUUUACUUCCCAAUUAGCCCUAAUUAGCAGCUCUUUAAUUACACUUUCCCACUUGAAUCACUAAAGGAAGUUGUAGCGAGACGCUGUGAGAAUGAAUAGCUUAGGCAAGAAAAAAAGCUAUUGUUUCUGCACUAAGUGGUCUCAUUUCUGUUUUAGUUGCACGGACGUGUAUCUUCGCUUCAUAGCUGCGCUGCAUUUAUCCACGCUGGCCUUCAGAGCGGAGAAAUUACGUCAGUCAACAAAUGAGAGUUCGUGUUUGAUUACCUGUUUGACGCUUGAAAAUCGGAUGCAUAUACUCCAGUUUGUUUCUGAACAGACUGAACAGCAAAAAUAUAAAUAUAUAUAUAUAUAUAUAUAUAUAUAUAAAUAGUUAAGUGAUCCACUGCCAAGAGGAAAAGCGCUCAAUGUCACUUGCAUUUAUUUGCAAACAGGUACAGCUUAAGAAAUGUGAUUAUCCACAAAGUGAAACCCCAUUUUAGUCAUUACACACACAGUAAGAUGUUUCACGUGUCUACAGCUAAUGAAAACCCAAAAUUAUGAUUCUCAUAUAACAGAAGUAUUCUCCAAAACAGCAAACGGGAUUUUUAAACGCGUGCGAUUGUCUCUAAAGCCACUGUGAAGACGGCUAACUUGACAGUUGUCCAGCAGUCAGUGACUGACACCCUCGACCAGCUGGGUAAGCCAUAAAAGAUGUGAAAGACGCUGGCUCUUCAGUGUUGCAUUAGAGCAUUUUAUAUGGAAAGUUGAGUGGAAGGAAAAACUGUAGAGGUGCAAUGGGCAGACCCACACUGGGGAGACGGCUUUACCCCCAAAUUCCACAUCCUACGUGACCGCUCCGUUCACGUACGUCCGACAGAGCAACUGCGUUGUUAUUUUAAUGAAUGAGAACGGUUCCAUGUUCUCCGUGACUUCUCGGAUUGUCAGCGGACUACCUCUCUGUCCUUCACCUUCAAAAUACGGAACAAGUGUAUUUUCUGCUCCGUCCCGGUCCGUCGGACCAGCCCACAAUCUUCUACUGAGAUUAAAAUGGUGAAGUGUGGGUUGAAAUGUCUAUUAACGCAAGUUAAAACACAAUUUAAUUAUUUUAAAUAUAAAAACAUAUAAGUUUCUGGUGGCCAGUCUACCCACCCAUAACUUGAUGGAAGUAAAAAUACACAGAGAACGUUUUGGUUUUGUUUCCGGUUCCUUUGUGUCCCUUUAUUCAUGGCGUGAAGUCGUACCUCUCGGGCUCCAAGGAGCUCAGAGCAAGACUGAGUGACCGCGGCUGCAGUCGGCGUUGCUUCUCACGGACUCACGGUGUGGAUCGGAGGUUGUGGAAUCGGGGAGUUAAGACACAGAUGUGUGUCCCAGAUCCUGGACUCCAGCUGUCCCAGUCCGUCCUGAACCAGAGACAACAGCAAAAGGGGCCUGGACCGGUGCUCAGUGGUCCGAUUGUUCGGGUGAUUAACGCGUCGACAAGCUCUGCUGGAUCUCACCAGGAGCGAUCGUAAACGGUUGAAUAAAAGAAGUCAUAUCCGCUCCAGCCUUUGGUGUUUUUAUCUGUCCUUUUUAUCACGCGCAUGAUUAAUCUACACCGCUUUGUCAACAUCUGUCAAAGCUGAGCACAUUUUAACAUCCUCCUCGUUUUGCGUCGUUCCGUUGUCAUGGAAUCAUUUUGUUUACUCGUUUAUCAUCCAAGACGCCAUUUUGUUCUCAUAAGAUGCAGAUCUCUGGGUUGUGUUGUAUGAAGUAAUUAAUAAUUUUUAAUUGUUUUUGAUUUGAAGCCAAAUGUUUGUUUUUGUUUUUUUUUUGUUUUUUAAAGAUAUCACCGUCUUUUUAUUCUUUGUUGCCGAUGUGACAUUUUGAAUAAACGUUGUCUGAAAAUAAAGUGUCUUUUUAAUGAACUAUUUAGUAUUAAAUGUAUAACCUCUGGCUACCAGAUGUCUUGGUCAGAAUUUGUUUUGUUUUUUUUGUCUUUUUGUUGGAAAUAAAAUGUUUUUUUUUUUACCUGUGUCACACAGGUGUGUUCAUCUUGGUACCUAACAUGUUACAAACAUGGUUGCUUUUUUCUCUUCUGUGAAGCUGUUGUCCAAUUAAAGACUGUAAACUAAUUUCUCGUAAAGUGAUGUUCUGUGAUGUUCUGACACUGUCGGGUGUUCUCUGUUACAGACGUUUUCUUUUGACCAACAACUGCUUCCCUGAUGAUUGUACUGAAUGGCAAAGUGUCUCCCCAACACUGUUGAAUAAAACAGUUUAAAACGUU